AUUUCGUUUACAUUUCAUUUCAGCCUCAUUUCCUCAACAUUUGCAGCUUAGCUUGCUGCACUUUGCUGCUACCAUGCUGUUGGUGCAGCUCUCCCUUCUUCAUUUGCUACCUUUUUGUGCAGCUUUCAUUUUCAUUUGCUACUAUUUUGACAGCUUGAACACCACAACUCCAACACUCCUCCUUGGUGUUAAAGCUACAAAAAUCAAAAACAGAAAUUGAUUUAUGCCUAAGCACCUAGGAUCAGCCUUUUGUUGUCCAUCUUAUGCUUGGUUUUCACCAUUUUUUUUUCACAUCCAUGUACCAUUAUUCUCAAACAACCUCAGCUCCUCCUUCAUUACAGCUUUUCUUCUUUGGAUUUUGUUGCCUCAAACAAAUUUUGGAGGUUUUGCAACUAAGUUGCAUUUUCUGAGUAAAUAAA